AUGUCCUACAAGCGGACGCGCGCGCAAUACGAGGCCGAUCUCCAAAAAUUACAGUCCCCCUACGUCGCCUUUGGUACGCCGCUGCCGCCCUUGGACCCUGACGUCCGUGACGAUGGCUCCUACGUCCCCGUCUGGAAGCAGGAGGUGAGGGACGAGAGGGGCAGGAAGCGCCUGCAUGGCGCCUUUACUGGCGGCUGGAGCGCUGGCUACUUCAACACCGUAGGGUCCAAGGAGGGAUGGGCGCCCUCAACCUUUGUCUCGUCGCGAUCCAGCCGCCGCAAGGACGACAAGUCUGUCGCCAGCCAGCGACCUGAGGACUUCAUGGAUGAAGAGGACCUCGCCGAUGCCCAGGAAUCCGAGAAGCUACACACUUCGCACGCCUUUGCUGGCCUGGGCGCAGCAGACACCGACGCCAGCCGCUCAGGAGGGCUGGCCGGUCUGUUGCACGUACAGGGCGAGACCAUGGGCACGAAAUUGCUCAAGAAGAUGGGCUGGAAAGAUGGCCAGGGAGUUGGGCCCAAGAUCCGUAGGAAGGCAGAGCUUGGUAUGGCGACCAACCCGGGAUCGGAGGGCACGGGAGAGACUUACCUGUUUGCGCCGGAGAAUGCUCCCAUGAUACAACUUGUCCGCAAGACCGACCGCAUGGGGCUUGGAUAUGACGGGGAAUCAAGGCUUACGCCACUGGCAUCAUCGCGGCUGGGCCUGCCUGCACAGUCCGACGACGAAGAUAACGACGACCAAGGCCUCAGCCUCAGCCGCCCUAGGCUGUCAGCCUCCAAGAGCAACAAGACGAAGGAAUCCAAAGCCCGCGGAGGGAUUGGCAUGGGGGUGCUGAACGAGACUGGCUCUGACGACGAAGACCCGUACGAGAUGGGGCCGCAGAUAUCGUACAACAGGGUCAUUGGAGGUAGCAAGAACCUCAAGAAAAAGAAGGAUACGAACUCCACCCCAGCGAACCCAGCUCUGAAAUCCAAACCAGUUUUCGUGCCAAGACGAAAGGCCGUGGUAAAAGCGGCCCUCGGCAGCGUACGGAAGUGUCACGAUGGUUGGCCACCUUUGGAAGGAUUUGUUCUGGGUCAAGAGCCGGAUCCUCUGAUAUCUAUGAUCAACGCCGACGGCAAGUAUCUACCACCAGAGAUACCGGCAGAUUGGAAGUCGAGCAAAGAUCCCGAGGCCACCCAAGACGCGUCGCACUACAAAUCAACGACCGAUGCUGCAAAGGCCUCUCAACUGAACCCGUUGAGCCGAGCCGAUAUACUGGGAGAGAAGCAACUACCGGGAAAGUCUGUCUUUGAUUUCUUGUCCGUGUCUGCUAGAGACCGCCUAGCGGCGGCGACCGGGAAGACGGACCUGCCGGCAGCCAAAGGUGAGAUCCCGGAAGGCUACGCACUGUCGGAGGAGGAGAAGCGACGCAAUGUGUUGGAGCGAAUACCAGAACUGGACAAGCAGAGUGCCUUGGGCGCCAUGAUGAGGGGGGCGGCGGGCGGCGGGCCGUAUGGAGACAACGAGGAGAAGCGAUCUCGCUACAGGGGCUAUCUCGAGCUGCAAGCUGGCUUGAGGGGCGAGCCGCCCAGCAAGACGGCCAAGAUGACGGAUGAUGAGUGGAUACAAGAGUUCCAUGAGUUCUACAACGUUGCCAGGAUAUUUCGGCCAAUGACUGGGUCCAUGGCCUCCAGGUUUACCACUUCGUCGUCUUCCACCCUGGCAAGCGGCACCGACGGAAAGGCUGGAGACACUGGCCUGCUCUCCAAGCCGCCAUCCAAACCAGAGGACCCAGCUGAGGCGGCAGCCAAGAUGGGCAUGUACGGACAUAUGACGCGAUCCAUUCGUGAUUUCUAUCCGACACGGCUGCUGUGCAAGCGAUUCAAUGUCAAGCCGCCGGCACACGUCCAAGCUGAAGCAGACGCGGACGCCACAGAAGUGCAGAGACCUGCCGGACCUACACCUAUGCGUGGAAUGAUCCAAGGCAGCUUGGUAAAGGCUCCCACGACGGCGCCGGGCGACCACCAAGCACAACCCACCGGGCCGUGGAAGCAGGAGGUUGUGGUAGAUAGUAACAGGAAUGAGGCAUUGGAGGCUAAUCGGGCCGGCGAGGAGGUGUUCAAGGCUGUCUUUGGCGACAGCAGCGACGAAGAAGGCUAG